AUGUCUGAAAACAACAACACCACCCACCUUACUGCAGAGCAAGCCUUCCAAGCUCAACAGGACAUGAUCCAUCAGCUUCAGGCUCAAGUCAAUGCUCUUCAAACUUCAACAAACAUCAGACCUGAGCAUUACAACAACACUUUUACUCCUCGCACCACCUCAACCACAACUUUCACUCCAACUCCUAUGGAAAUCGACGCAACUCAAGCACACCAAACCUAUGGUCCUCUCUCCCAAGCAGAGCGUGAACAUCGCAUGAAGAACAACCUCUGUAAUUAUUGUGGGAAACCAGGACACAAGGCUUUUGAAUGUCGUGCUGCUCAACGUCGUCGUCAAAUCAAGACUCAAGUCAACGCUACUACCACUGUAGACACCAAGGCAAAAAACUCUCAGCCCCAGGCUUAG